AUAAGUUUUUCUACAAUGAAAUCACAAUAAAGAUCAAACUCCUGUCUUGGGGUUAUAUCUUAGUGGGUGAAGGUUGCGUUCAAUGACCCUCUCACUCUUCCCUCAACCACCCGCCACACUCUCUAGUCUCUUCUUUCCAGCCAUAUAAACCUCUCUCUCACUAUACACACAUAGUCGUAAGCAAAAGCGAAAACAGAGUAAAUAGAGAAAGAGAGAGAAUAAUGGGUGGCAUGAGAGUUGUGGUACCUAUAUGGCUGCUUCUUGCUUGCGUUGUUGCAAAUAGGGGCAUAGAAGCACCUGUGUCUUGUAACACAGUUGUGGCCAACCUUUACCCGGGUGCUGAGUACGUGCCACAGUGAGAAAGCAUCCCGGGCAGCUGUUGCAACGGUAUCAGGAUGGUCAACGGACAGGCUAAGAGCGUAUCAGAGCGCCAAGUUGUGUAUCGGUGCAUCAAGUUUGCGUUGGGAGGUGUGUCUUACUCUUCCAAGAAUCUAAAGAAUCCUGCCACUUUGCCAGGCAAGUGUGGUGUCAGUGUCACUUACAAGAUCGACCCUUCCACCAACUGCAACAAGUUUGUUGCCACUUCUGAUGAUUUCAUCCUUAAAAGAUUGUUUAUUCUCAGUGCUUUGUGCUUGUAUGAUUGA